ACAGCUUAAUAUAUUUAAUUUGAAAAAUGUUCUCCUAAGGUUAAUGUUAAUUAGUUUCCCAACAUCUUUAAAAACUUAUUACGUGUCAUUUGAAUGUGAUGAAAUUGAUUACUACAAUUUUUUUUGUAAAUUUUUAAGAAUGUUUUCAUAUAAAUCAUAUUAUUUUAUCUUAAAUACUUUUUUUAUUAGCAUUAUACUCUCACUUAACAAACAUGCUUAUUCUUAUGAAAUUCAAGAACAAAGUAGAUGUGCCUAUUGAAGUUAUUUCAAAUUCAUAUCAUGUAAAAAAGGAUCAUCCAUGGUCUGGAAGAUAUUUACCAGAACGCCCAAGUAUAAACCUCUAUCCAGAUAAACCUCAAAAUUUUGAAAACGAAGAAUUUUCUUAUACUUUACAUAAAAAUACAAUGAAAAUGCCAACAAUGGGCUACAUGGAUAUAAAUUCUACAUGUGAUGAUGGAAAAACAAAUUUAACGAUGGAUUGGGAUGGAUCAAUGUACAACUAUACUUGCUUAUUAAGUGAUUAUUUACCAGUAUUAUCAGAAAUUGAGCCAUUAUUAGAAAAAGAUCUUGUACCCAAAUAUUAUGUGGCUAAUCACGUUUGUAUGAAGGAAAACAUAUCUUACAACCAUGAUAUACCUUCUUUUGGCUCACAUCGCCCAGCAUGGGCAAGAUAUGGAGAGUAUACAUUUUUGCCAAAACAAAGGUGGCUUCAUAAUUUAGAACAUGGUUCUGUGGUUAUGUUAUAUCAUCCUUGUACCCAUCCUGUAUUAGUACAACGUAUGAGAACAAUUUUAAAAUCAUGUAUGUUUAGACAUAUAAUUACUCCAUAUAAUUUAGUACCUGAAAAACGACCAAUUGUCUUGGUGACAUGGGGCAACAGAUUAUACAUGAAUGAUGUGGAUACAAAACUAUCUAUUGAGUUUAUAAAAAAAUAUGCUAAUCAUGCUAAAGAAACAACAGCAAGAGAUGGACAGUAUGAUCAUUUAUUAAUAGAAAAAGCAGACGUUAUUUCUCCUGAUGACAUAACUAUUUGCCCAACUCCACACAAACGAAAAAAUAGAAUAUAAUGUUUUUUCCUGUAACGAGUUGUUAAAAAUGACAUGCUACUUUUCUAAAAUACUAAUGCUUUAAUAUUAAUUAAAUAAACUGACUUAAAUUAAAUUUAUGUAUUUAAUAAAAAAAUGUUUUUAACUUGUAUUAUAAUUAAUGUGAUUUAGUUACUAUUAUUACUGUUGUUACUUUUAUUUUUUUAUUCUAACGACUGUUCAAUUUUUUAUGUCAGUUACAUAUCUUUUCUUUUUUAAAAAUUAUACUGAAUUAUUUUAUUAA